AUCAUUUGUCAAGUCAAAAACACAUGUUGACCCUCUAUCUCAGUGUAAUUAGUUGGUUUCCCAAGAUUGAAUACCUCCAUUUUUAAGAUGAAGUUCAUGGCCAAAGAAGUAGUAUGACAUUAUGCUUAUCAAUUUUUUCUCUUUGUUGCUGAAGUUGCACAUGGCUACAAGUCUAAAAGAAUUUCACUUUCUGAUAAUUCUAUGUUUGUUGUUCAUCCACUUCUCCUUGGCUCAAGAUGGAAACCAAUUUAUUUACAAUGGUUUCCAAGGAGCCAAUCUGCAUCUUGAUGGAAUCGCAAAAAUCCACCCCAAUGGUUUAUUGCAGCUCACUAACACUUCCAAGCAACAAAUGGGUCAUGCUUUCUACAGAAUUCCUUUAAGUUUCAACACAUAUUCCUCUGGUUUGAUGACGAAUCUUUCGUUUUCUACAAAUUUCGUAUUUGCCAUGGUUCCCGAAUUGCCAAAUCUUGGUGGCCAUGGGAUAGCCUUCACCAUCUCACCAACUAUGAAUUUCAGCCAUGCUCUACAAAGUCAGUUUUUCGGAAUAUUUAAUCCUUCAAACUGGAGCCUCCCUGCAAACCAUGUGGUGGCGAUUGAGCUAGAUACAAGUAUGAGUAUUGAAUUUGAAGACAUAGAUAAAAACCAUGUAGGAGUUGAUGUGAACAGCCCGAAAUCAAUUGAAGCAGCUCCUACAAGUUACUUUUCUGAUAAAGAAAGGAAGAAUAUAAGCUUGGAACUCAUAAGUGGAAAUCCAAUGCAGCUUUGGAUAGACUAUGAUGAAGCAGAAAAAACACUCAAUGUGACUAUUGCCCCAGUAAAAAUUCCAAAGCCAAAUCGACCUCUCUUGUCAACAGCCAUAGAUCUUUCUCAAAUUCUUUUGGAAUAUAUGUAUGUUGGUUUCUCUUCAUCCACUGGCACAUUUGCAAGUGACCACUAUAUUCUUGGAUGGAGCUUUAAUAAAAGUGGACAAGCACAAAGUCUCGAAAUUUCAAAGCUUCCUUCCCUUCCUCCACAAAAAAGAAAGAAAAAGUCAUUUAAAAUGAUUUUGAUAUUACCUUUAGCAGCUGCAGUUGUCUUGAUCAUUGUGAUUGGAGCCUCUUACUUCAUAAGGAGUAAAAAAUAUGAAGAAGUGCUUGAAGAAUGGGAAACAGAAUAUGGUCCUCACAGAUUCUCCUAUAAGAAUCUCUAUAGAGCAACCAACGGCUUCAAGGAAAGGGAGCUCCUUGGAAGAGGUGGUUUUGGAAAGGUUUAUAGAGGAAAACUACAUAAUUCAAACCAGCAGAUAGCAGUUAAGAGAGUGUCCCAUGAUUCAAAACAAGGGAUGAAAGAAUUUGUUGCUGAAAUUGCUAGCAUAGGAAGGCUAAGGCAUAGAAACUUGGUGCAGCUCCUUGGAUAUUGCAGGAGAAGAGGAGAACUACUCUUGGUCUAUGAUUAUAUGCCCAAUGGAAGCCUCGACAAGUUCUUGUUCAACAAUGUAAAGCCAAACCUCAAUUGGUUUCAAAGAUUUAGAAUUCUAAAAGGUGUAGCAUCUGCUCUUCUUUACCUCCAUGAAGAGUGGGAACAAGUAGUUUUGCAUAGAGAUGUAAAGGCUAGCAAUGUUCUAUUAGAUGCUGAUUUAAAUGGAAGGCUUGGAGAUUUUGGCCUUGCUAGAUUGUAUGACCAUGGUUCCAAUCCUCAAACCACUCAUGUGGUUGGGACUCUGGGUUAUCUGGCUCCUGAGCUUGCCCGAACAGGAAAGGCAACUACCAGCACGGAUGUGUUUGCUUUUGGGAUUUUUAUGCUCGAGGUGGCUUGUGGAAGGAGGCCUACAAACCUACAAGGAGUUCGUGAAGGGGUUAUUCUGUUGGAUUGGGUCUUGGAAUGCUGGAAAGGAGGUGCAAUCCUUGAUGCUAGUGAUCCUAAAUUGGAAGGUAAUUACUUGACAAAGGAGAUGGAGUUGGUUUUGAAACUUGGUCUGCUUUGUUCACACCCUUUGCCGGAAAUGAGGCCCAGCAUGAGGCAAGUGUUGCAGUAUUUCGAUGGCGAUGCUACUUUGCAGGAAAUGCAACCUGAUAGUCUUAGUAUAAAUACAUCUACGGAAAGUAAUGAAGCAUUGCAGUUGGUUAUGUCAUUUGGUUAUUCGUUUGGAAAGUAUUCCGCUCAUUCCUUGUCAAGUAAUGAAUCAAUCUUGGACAAAACGCGUUAAAUUGGCAGAUUUUCAUUGCUUUGAAUGCACUAGACCAUGAUUUAUAGAUUGUCAACAAUUUAAGGAAGUGAAACUCAAGAUCUUAAAUUUAUGCAUGUAAGCUCUUCUAUAUAUAUGUCCAUACAUAUAUAUUUAUGAGAUUAAUACUAUAUUCUGUCAGAUUCAUCUUAGUUAAAACGCUGAAUUUUGUAUCUAUGUUUUUGCAUAGGCAGAGGAGAUGUUCUCUAAUGAACCUCUUAAUAAACAUAACUUGCAUUCAGACUGAAAAUUUAUGAUGGGUAUUAAGGAUCUGCGGAAAAUUUUUAUAUGCUUAUAUAGGAAAAUGGAUUUGAUACUCUGUAUUAUUCAACUUCAAUGGAAGUUUUUCAUCACAAUAAGGUGAAAAUGGUUAAAAUACCAGAUUAACCAUCUAAACACGAAGAUCCAAGAGACUAACUGAAUGAGCAUGCAGCCUUGCAAAUAUGAUAUACCUUAACAAAUUGGCAAAGGACAUCCCAUAUUCUUGAUAGUUUUUUCACAUUACAUAUGAUAUGAGGGAUAUGAAUAAUGAUUCCAUGGAAAUAGACCGGGGGGAAAAAAAAAAAAAAAAAAAAAAAAAAAGGGUUCAAAUCGUAGAUUGUUCAAUCAUUAACACGAAAUACAAGACAAUCGUACAUUACAGUAAGAUUUAAGUGUAAAUUUUCAAAAAAAUUAGGAA